AUCCAUGUCUUCAAGCACUCCACCCACCUACACACCAACCCCAACCGACGUCCUCUCCCUUCGCCAAACACUCCUCCACUUCGUCCCCCUCGAACUCGCAAACAUCAUCAUAAACGACGCAGAGUACUGGCCAGCCCUCACUUCUUCUCGCGACGCAUUUUCCGGGCCCGCUCUCGUUUCCGUUCCUUCCCACACCAAAAACGAUUUGGAGGAGAGGGAGGACGGGAAAGACGGGUGGUGUUACCUUAUCUCACCCGCCGUACCGAGGUUAGAUGAAACGUAUGUGAAAGUGCAGAGGGUCAAGUUCAGCGUUGAAGUGUUUUAUGAGACGCCUGAGGGGGGUUGCGAGGGCGAAUCAACAGGCGCAAACUCCUGGCUCGAAGCUACCAUCCUCCCUCCCUCUCCCUCUUCCCCUCUCCCCUCCUUCCCAAACCUGGAAUAUCAAUACCCAGAAACGUCCCCCACCCCGUUCACCCCCAAACACCCAGAAAGGUGGUUCAUCCAAAGUAACAAAUCCAUGACUUCCGAGCGCGUAUAUGACAUCACUUGGGACUCGGACGACAGCGGCGGAGGGUUCGUCGAUUCAUUGAAAAGUGGGGAUAAAGUCGGCGUUAUGUGUCGAGAUCUCUAUAGAGGAUGGGUGAAUUGUAUCUACACGGUUAGGGUUGAUAUUUUUUAUUCUGUUUAGAUUUUAUCACGCGCAUGGUUAUCGUUAUCCUCCGUUAACUAGCUUCAGACUUAGACUUAGAUAUAUGGCCAGCUCAGAUAUGUACUCGGAUCUAUAAAGUAUAAUUUACCUCCUAUUCAUAAGUAGUCCUGCGCUCAUUAAUUUAAAGUAUGUAACUUGGACAGCACUCCUUAGAUGUUCAUGUUCACGUUAUGGCAAAUUGGGACGCAUCCCCUGCG